GACAGGACAAGUAGAACAUGAGCAGACAUCCUGGAGACUACAAGCUGCUCACACUGGAAUCUGCAUCCAUAAGGAUUAGCCGCAGCCUUAACUGCUCCAGGCUGAAAGGCAAAAAUCUGGGAGCAGCUGUGGCCUUCUACCUCAGAGAUGCUUUAUCAUUCCUGACACUACUCUGCAUUGCACUGUCAAACCCAGGACUGAAUUGGGCAGAUCCUGAUGCAGCCCAGGUUCCCUCUUGCUUCUGCUGCCUGUGUGUAAAUGCCAAUGCAUAAACUAGAGAGCACUCCUGCCCCUCCCUGUGUGAUGCAUUUCAGGAGAACCACAAUCCCUCAUCUAUCAUGGGCAAUAAGCAAACAAUAUUUACAGAUGAACAGCUAGACGCAUACCAGGACUGCACCUUCUUUGCACGAAAAGAAAUUCUUCGGUUACAUGGGAGAUUCUAUGAACUGGCACCUCACAUUGUGCCAAUGGAUUACACAAAUGACCCUGAUGUUAAAGUGCCAAUGCAGCUAAUAAUUAACAUGCCAGAGCUAGUGGAGAAUCCUUUCAAGGAGAGAAUUGUACAGGGUUUCUCUGAGGAUGGAAAAGGAAACCUCAGUUUCAAUGACUUUGUUGACAUGUUCUCUGUGAUGAGUGAAACGGCUCCACGGGAGCUCAAGGCAAUCUACGCCUUUAAAAUCUAUGAUUUCAACACUGACAACUUCAUUUGUAAAUCAGAUCUGGAGCAAACCCUAAACAAACUGACAAGAGAGGAGCUGGAAGAAGAGGAGGUAACUCUGGUCUGUGAGAAGGUUAUUGAAGAAGCUGAUAUGGAUGGGGAUGGUAAAUUGGCAUUUGCAGAUUUUGAGAACAUGAUUUCCAAAGCUCCAGAUUUUCUCAGUACUUUUCAUAUACGAAUAUGAAGAUUUAGCAAAUGGAAGGUUUUGCUACUUCAGAACUGCUGAAUCUCCGGCAUCUCCAGGCCCUGGCCUCACUUACUGUGCAAAAACAUUAACAAAAUAGCUCCAUCUGCUGAAAUGAAGCUGACUUUGCAUUAGGAGUCCUUUUCCAAAAUCUGAGGAUGCAUUUACUUGCAGUCUUUUUUAUCGAUUCAGUUUUUAUUAAUAAUAUUGAUGCAAAAAAGAACAAACAAUCUAUAACUGGAACAGAAGGGGAUGAUAUUUGCUGAAUGAGUAGAGGUUGGAAAUAAAUUACAGAUAACUGCACAUAAACUGUGAAAUUACAGUAUGAACACCUGUAAAUGCAGUCUUGCUGCAAAAGAAAAUAUGCAGCCAUUCAAUAUCACAUUUCAUGCAACCUUCAUUCAACUGGAUUAUUUUUUUUUCAUGGUAGGUAUAAUUCGCACCAGUGAUUUGGAGUGAUAAGUAUUUUUUCCUAAGGUACGCAAAAGGAUGGAAAGGCGGUACUCCGGUUAAAAAGAAGGUGGUUUAUUGCAACGGGUCACAAACCAACAUCACCUGAUGCGUUUCAGGAGCAACUCCUUUAAUCAUAGGGCUUUCUCAUAACAAAGUAAAACAUGCCUGCAUAAAAUUAAGGUUUAAAAUCAGAAAACACUGUUAUGGAAGCCAUUAUUUGUCAUUCAAGAUCAAGAAAAAAGCAUGAGAAUAUGUGGUGCUUUAAGCUAUCAUCUUCUUUCUAUGAUUCCUCCUAUCAGCCUUGUCCUAAUUAUUAACAAUUUUAAAGACAAGCUUGAAUGGAGGAAAACAUUAAGAAAUAGGUAUGAAAAUGGUUUGCUGCUGGAUGUAAUGAUCUCCAACUAAAACACCUUCCAGUAAGAUGUCUUAAUAUUUUAGUGGCUUUUGAGCACAGCGUAUUUUCCAGCGAGGCAAUACAAAUGUUUUGAAAUGUUUUAAUGGAAGCUUAAUACGUACAAGAAAGGUUAUAAGGGCUAGAAUGGGUGACAGAAGCUCACUCCAACCCAGGGGCACAUUGAAGAUAAAAAAAUACUGGAACUUUGCAAAGUGAUAAGUGGACAUUUUAAUGACUGUGCUUUCGUAGCUUCUCACAUAAAACUACUAUGGUGCCUUUCAUAGCGAAACUGCAUUUAUGUACAUCUCCAGUAGAACCUGCUCUUGAUGUCCAUUUACAGAGCAAUUAAA